AACUGCUAUCUGCAUAUUAAUAAUAUUCAGUAAGAACAUCUGUGGUCUUUUCACAACAAAUCUGUACUCCAAAGAAAACUUGACUUAACAUUGAUCUGAAGACAAGAACCUACAGUACUUUCCGCUAUAAUUUUCUGCUCAAUUACUGUCUUCAAAAUUAUGUAUACUUCCAGCUGAAGAAUGAACGUAGGUGGCUGGAAACGUGUAUGUGAAACAAGGAUAAUUUCUCCUGAAGAACUGCCAUGGAAGUAAAACUCAUACCCAGGGGAGAUAUUGACAAAACAACAGACCGAGCACUUGGCACGCUACGAAAAUGAACAAACUGAUUUGUGGGGUUUGCAAGACAUCAGGAAACAAACAGGAUGAGUUUCACCUUUCUUCAGAAGAAGUAAAACAAUGGUCCGAAUCAUUCCAAAAACCUGAUGUCCAGUAAAUAUGGUCCUGCUGUGUACACUGCCUACUUGAAGACAGAAUUCAGCAAUGAAAAUAUUGAAUUCUGGUUUGCCUGUGAAAAUUACAAGAAUAUUAAAUCUCGGUGGAAAAGAAUCGUAGCAGCAAAGAAACUGUAUAAGACAUACAUUAAGUCAAAUUCUCCUAGGGAGAUCAAUAUAGACAGUCCAACCAGAGAAGCCCUGAAAAAAGAAAUCCACCGACCAACACCAAAUAGUUUUGAUGAAGCCCAGCUUAUUGUUUUAAGGCACAUGGAAAGGGAUUCAUACCCUAGAUUUUUGACAUCAUCAUUAUACCAAAACAUACAAAGCAAAUUACAGCAGGAAAAUGUAAUCAACACCCAAUGAAACUGGACCUGUUGUGAUGACUGAAGCUUUUUUUGAGAAUGUUUAUUUGAACAAAUAUAUUUUAUAAGUAAUACAACUUUUUUUUGUGUGGAAAUUAUCAGAAAAGAUGAAGAGGAAGAUGCCUAAAUAGUUUAAAAAUCCCAUUACUUAAAGGGAUAGUCAUUUUUUUUUCUUUCAUGAUUCAGACAGAGCAUGCAAUUUUAAGCGACUUUCUAAUUUACUCCUAUUAUCAAAUUUUCUUUGUUCUCUUUCUAUCUUUAUUUGAAAAAGUAGUAAUGUAAGCUAAGGAGCCAGACCAUUUUUGGUUCAGCAUCCUGGCUAUCACUUGAUUGAUUAAUGGCUACAUUUAGCCACCCAAUAAGCAAGAGCAACCCAGUUUCUGAACCAAAAAUGGGCCGGCUCUUAAGUUUUACAAAUAAAGAUACCAAGACAAGAAAGAACAAUUGAUAAUAGGAGUAAAUGAUAAAGUUGCUUAAAACUGAUUGCUCUAUCUGAAUCAUGAAAGUUUAAUUUUGACUUUACUGUCCCUUUAAGUGGGAACAUCUCAAAUAAUUUUAGAAAGGCAAAUUAUAGAAUAAGGGCUGUUUAUCUAGCUAUGCAGGAUUCUGAAUAAAAAGAUAAUAUAAAAAAAGAUAAGCAAUAUAAUGCUUAUAUAUACAGUAUAUAUAUAUAUAUAUAUAGAGAGAGAGAGAGAUAAAGCAUCAUUUUUCUCCAAAUCAAUACAUUUUUGAUUAUCAGGCUUUUAGUGAUUUGAUUGUAGAUAACAAUAUUGUUUUUAUUUCUUUGCUUAAGUAAUAAUUUAAUAAAGCUUUGCGCUUUCUGGAAAUUACAUUUUUUUUACAGAUGUUUUGUAAAAUACCAAUAAAAUAUCAGGCAUAAAACUGGAUGAAAAAUGUUUCAAAGACAAAAAAGUGAAAUAUUUAAGGUGUAUGAUAGUGGUACUUAAAGUUUAAUGCAGUAUUUCUACAGAACUGGGAAGAAUUCUUAUUUUGCGUGAUGGUUAAAGUUUGCCCCGCCCUCCUUCCUGCUCCUCCUCUACCUUCCCUAUACAUGUUCCGGUUUCACAGUGUGAAACACCUAAACUGCCCAGCCACGCCCCCUCAGAUAUAGGAAGCUGGGAGCUCACAUUGUAACUGAGCACAUUAUACCCCGACUCCACCUGUAAAGUCACUGGCCUUUACACUGUUCUACAAUAACUCCAACCCCUAGCCUGGUCUGUGAUACUGCGCAGAAAAAGUAGUAAUAUAUGUUUAUAGUCUUCAAUGGUCUCAGGGUAUAUAUAUCUUUGGUAUUCUUACAUUUUCUUUUAUAUAAUUAUUCCUACUUCAUCUGUAUUAAAGCUGUUUCAUGUAUCUUCUAAUUGCUGUACAAAUGUCUUCCUGAAUUAAAAUACUUUUAUUAUUA